AUGAUAAUACAUCUGCAGCGGGUGUCUGGCAGGUUUGGUGCCAGAACACCGUGGCUACGAAUACCUCGAUCUCGACCUCAACAUGCCCAGCACAAUUCAUCCAAAUCCACCGCGCCCAAAGACCAGACCAGCUUGAACACCCAGACACAGACUCGACUUCCCCCACAUUCCCCCAAUGAAGUGAGCAUCCCAUCGAGGAAGGGCGAACCGGUCGACAUUCCUAGCCAGCUAUGGUAUCACCGCCUGGGGCCGGUGACGACCUUUUUCAAUUGGUUUCACCGUACGCAGCUGAAGAGACCGUACACCGUGCAAAUAUGUACGACCCUGACAACAUAUUUGUGUGGUGAUCUCCUGGCGCAGGAUAUUGGAGGAGAGCCUUAUGAUCCGACCAGGACGUUGCGGAUGUUGACAAUUGGUGCAGUGGCAUCUAUACCGGGGUACAAAUGGUUUCUCUUUCUGGGCAGAAGCUUCAACUUUGCCUCCAAACCGGCCUCCAUAGCCACUAAAGUCGUGGUCCAACAGAUCGUAUUCACUCCCGUUUUCAAUACAUAUUUCUUCGCCAUGCAGGCCCUCUUGACCGGCGAACCACCCUCUGGGAUCAUUGCACGAGUUCAAGCGGCUGUGCCCGUGAGCAUUGUGAAUUCUCUCAAGCUGUGGCCUGCAGUCACCGCCUUCAGCUUCUGGUUCAUCAUGCCCCAGUACAGAUUUAUGUUCUCGGGCAUUUUCGCAGUUGCAUGGCAGGCGUACUUGAGUUUUUUGAACAGAAAAGAAGAGAAGAUUGAGAUGGCCACGGAUUCUAUUGAUAGACCUGUCAUCCCAGAGGGCCUCGCGGCAAAGUGA